AGUAGAGACCAGUAAACAAGUGCACAGCUGCAGCUCAGAGCGGCUCCAUCACACACAGACACCAACACCGUCACUAAUGAUCUCCACCACAUCCAGCACAGCAGAGAUGGUCACGCAGGGGAAACUUCAGAUCAACGCUGUGGACAACGUUGAAGAUAAAAAAGCAGGCAAACUGGGAUGUUGUGGCUGGCUGUUGGUCAUCAUAUCCCUCCUCUUCAUCAUUCCUCUCUUCCCAAUCACACUUUUUAUGUGUGUUAAGAUUGUGCAGGAAUAUGAGCGAGCCGUCAUUUUCAGACUCGGCCGGAUCAUUGACAGGAAGCCGAAAGGACCAGGACUUUUCUUUGUGUUGCCCUGCACUGACACCUUUGUGAAAGUUGAUCUGAGGACUGUGUCCUUUGACAUCCCUCCACAAGAGAUCUGAAUGGGCUCUCCUUCUGAACAACCACAAAGUCCUCAGGUAUCUGCUUAAAGUCGACAAACUAAUGGUAAUACCAUCUAUGUGACUUAAGGGCAGGACUAUCUCCCAGUGUCUAAAACCAAGAUCAAAGUAAAACUUGAUUAAACUAAAUGAGCCGUCU